CGGGCCGCGGUGGCCGCCGCCGCCUCCGCUCGCCAGGGCCGCCCGCGCUGCGCGGCUCAGCCUGGGCUGCGGCUCCAAAGAACCGGCGCGGGUGCCCGGGGUCCCCGUCCUCUCGACCCUCGCCGGCUGCCCCCUCCUCUCCCCUGAAACAGCGUCCGAGGGAAGGGAAAAGCGGCGAGAGUUGCCAGCACGAAGGUUUAGUUGAACAGUGUUUGAAAGACAAUAUUAUCAUCAUGAAUGCUAAUAAAGAUGAGAAGCCAAGGUCCAGAAGUCAAGAUCUUCACCUUCUUCAUGCUUGGAUGAUGCUAACCACGACUGUGCUGUUUCUUCCCAUCACUGAAACAUCUAAACAAAAUAUCCCACGUCUCAAGCUAACUUACAAAGACUUGCUGCUUUCAAACAGCUGCAUUCCCUUUUUGGGUUCAUCUGAAGGACUGGAUUUCCGGACUCUUCUUUUAGAUGAGGAGAGGGGCAGGCUGCUCCUAGGAGCCAAGGACCAUGUCUUCCUGCUCAGUCUGGUGGACUUAAACAAAAACUUUAAGAAGAUUUAUUGGCCUGCUGCUAAGGAACGAGGGGAACUAUGUAAAUUAGCUGGAAAAGAUGCCAAUACAGAAUGUGCAAAUUUCAUCCGAGUACUGCAACCUUAUAAUAGGACCCACGUUUAUGUGUGUGGAACCGGAGCAUUUCAUCCACUAUGUGGAUAUAUUGAUCUUGGAGUCAACAAGGAGGAACUCAUAUUUAAACUAGACAUGCACAGCUUGGAGUCUGGCAGACUGAAAUGUCCCUUUGAUCCCCAGCAGCCUUUUGCUUCAGUAAUGACAGAUGAGUACCUCUACUCUGGAACAGCUUCUGAUUUCCUUGGCAAAGACACUGCAUUCACAAGGUCCCUUGGGCUGACACAGGACCACCAUUACAUCAGAACUGACAUUUCAGAACACUACUGGCUCAAUGGAGCAAAAUUUAUUGGAACAUUCCCCAUUCCAGAUACUUAUAAUCCAGAUGAUGAUAAAAUAUAUUUCUUCUUUCGGGAAUCAUCUCAGGAAGGCAGCACAUCUGACAGAAGCAUUCUUUCAAGAGUUGGGAGAGUUUGCAAGAAUGAUGUAGGUGGGCAACGAAGUCUGAUAAACAAAUGGACUACUUUUCUUAAGGCGAGACUCAUUUGUUCAAUUCCUGGAAGCGAUGGGGCAGAUACUCAUUUUGAUGAACUCCAAGACAUUUAUUUGCUCCCUACAAGAGAUGAAAGAAAUCCUGUAGUAUAUGGAGUCUUUACCACAACCAGCUCCAUCUUCAAAGGCUCUGCUGUCUGUGUGUAUAGCAUGGCUGACAUCAGAGCAGUUUUUAAUGGCCCAUAUGCCCAUAAGGAAAGUGCAGACCAUCGCUGGGUCCAGUAUGAUGGAAGAAUACCUUAUCCCCGACCCGGGACGUGUCCAAGCAAAACCUAUGACCCACUGAUUAAAUCCACCCGAGACUUUCCUGACGAUGUCAUCAGUUUCAUAAGGCGGCACCCGGUGAUGUACAAGUCGGUGUACCCAGUGGCGGGAGCGCCAACCUUCAAGAGAAUCAAUGUGGACUAUAGACUGACACAGAUAGUGGUGGAUCACGUGGUUGCUGAAGACGGACAAUAUGAUGUCAUGUUUCUGGGAACAGACAUUGGAACAGUCCUCAAAGUUGUCAGCAUUUCCAAGGAGAAGUGGAAUAUGGAAGAAGUAGUCCUGGAGGAGCUUCAGGUGUUCAAGCACCCAACAGCCAUCUUGAAUAUGGAGCUGUCGCUGAAACAGCAACAGUUGUACGUUGGUUCCUGGGAUGGAUUGGUUCAGCUCUCCUUGCACAGAUGUGACAUUUAUGGGAAAGCAUGUGCAGAUUGCUGUCUUGCCAGAGACCCCUACUGUGCUUGGGAUGGAAAUGCUUGCUCAAGAUAUGCACCCACUUCCAAAAGGCGAGCUAGACGGCAGGAUGUAAAGUACGGGGACCCAAUCACUCAGUGCUGGGACGUAGAAGACAGCAUUAGUCAUGAAACAGCUGAUGAAAAGGUGAUUUUCGGAAUUGAAUUUAAUUCAACCUUUCUGGAGUGUAUGCCUAAAUCCCAGCAAGCCUCUGUUAAGUGGUACAUCCAACGGUCAGGAGACGAACAUCGUGAGGAGUUGAAACCUGAUGAAAGGAUCAUCAAAACGGACUAUGGGCUACUGAUUCGAAGUCUGCAGAAGAAGGACUCUGGGAUGUAUUACUGCAAAGCACAGGAGCACACUUUCAUCCACACCGUAGUGAAGCUGACUUUGAAUGUCAUUGAGAAUGAACAGAUGGAAAAUACCCAGAGGGCAGAGCACCAGGAGGGGCAGGUCAAGGAUCUAUUGGCUGAGUCACGGUUGAGAUACAAAGACUACAUCCAAAUCCUUAGCAGCCCAAACUUCAGCCUGGACCAGUACUGCGAACAGAUGUGGUACAGGGAGAAGCGGAGACAGCGCAACAAGGGAGGCCCAAAGUGGAAGCACAUGCAGGAAAUAAAGAAGAAACGGAAUCGACGACAUCACAGAGACCUGGAUGAGCCCCAUAGAUCUGUGCCUACAGAGUUUUCUAUUUAAUUUAAAGAGGAAAUUAUUUACCUGCCUGCAAAAUACUGUCUUGGUUUGUACAUCCCUCAUGGCAAUUCACACAUGCCUUCCAUGGAAUCUCAUUAAGGCACAGAUUGAUAUACUGAGUAAGACUGCCUAUGGUAGAUACGAAUUCAUCUAAACCAGCUUUUGAGAGCAAAACUUGUAUCAGGAAAGUCAAGAACUGUCCUCAAAAUAGGAGCCUUACAUUUACAAAUGUUUUAUGUUUUGAAUUUAAUGUCACAUAUAGAAGUAAGCUAAAUUAACAUCUCCAGGUCCAAUGGAAGGUGCUUUCUCCCCAAGCAUGUCCAUUACACAUGGAGUUUAUCAUGCAGUUGGUUGUAUUCUUAUAAGCAGUUAAGUCAUUUCUUUCUAGAACUGGUGACCUUGUAGGGAUUCGAGGAGAAGCACAAAUCAAAACAGCUUAUGUUAAUAAUAGGAACUUUCUCAAGGAGCCAUCAAUCCACACUUAGAGCCAGGUAUGAGAAUUUAGAAAUGUGUAUUCCUUCUUUCAGGCCACAGGGAACAUCUAGUGCACUUCAAAGUGAUUUUUUGAGAGGGUGUUAAUGAUCCCAACAAGGUUCCUUGUGAUUGGUCAAGAGAAAUGGGUUCACAGAUAGAACCUGCUGCUUAAUGGUGUGUUCUAGAAUACAGAAUGAACAAUUCCUGUUUUAAUAACAUGGGGAAAUAUUUUGAUAUAGUGAGAGUGGUAUGAUGUGCACCGUCUCUCAGAUGGGACUUAGGAGACAGGCAGAAGGACAGACAUGAAUUCUGGGGAAAACUUGUAUUGCAUGAGAAGGAAGGGGACCACGCACAAACUAGAUAGAAUGUAAGGGAACUGUUUCCACUGGAGCAUAACUAUCUCCUAACUUGUAAUGUAUCAGUCAAAAACAAUCCAGAUAGAACAAACCGUUAGCAAAAGCUCAUGUGAAAGUAAAAUUUGUAAAGAAUUAUGGGAUGGCAGUAUUUUAUUUAUAACUGAUGUACUUCUUUGUUCUCUUUUUUCUAAGUAUUUAUCACAUUCUGUAUAUUGUUUGCAUUUACAUCUUUAUUUGAUUAUAGUUGAGUGAACAGGAGAAAACAAUAUGUAAUACAUACAGAGAUAAUUAAGUAGAUGACCAAGGUGGGGAGUGGGGCUAUAUAUUUGUUAAAUGAAUGGCUAAGUGCAAACUUUUGAUGACGGGAAGGGUUAAAUUAACUCUUUGACAUCCUUUUCUUUACACAAAUUUUCUGAAUUUCCAAGGUGAUAUAUUGUAGUUCAAGCAGCAUUGUUUUAGCAGUUUUACAAAAAGCAAGUCUGCCAUGGGGAGAGAAAACAAACAGCAUUAACAUAAAUACCACUUGUGUUUUCUUAGCAUGUUUUAAAUUGCACUUUCCCUCUGAACAGUACUUCCCUCUGGUCUCCGCAGAACUCACCUUUCCUCCCUCCAGCACAAAGCCUUUCUCUGCUGGGCCCCUUUCACACUCUUUAUAGUGUGAAAUGAACAAUUAGUCACUUCCUCACAAAGAAUGCAGCUUUUUAGAAAACCAACAGACGUUGCUUGUUUCUCAUGCAUUCUACACGCUCUGAAAGCAGUCUGUGUGAAGACUGUGUGAUUAAAGACCAAUGUUACAGAGUCAAUCUCUUCAUUCUACAUAGCAUCAGGAUCUUACAUUCAUUUCAUCUGCAUUGGGGACCUGUCUCAAAGGCAUCACACUCAUCUGUGGGGGCCGAGUACAGUAAUGAAUAAUUGUAGAUGCUUCACCCUAAGGAGAAGGAAAAGUGAAGGAACUAUUUUAAUAAGUGAACCAAAAUGAAUUGCAUCUCCAGAAGAAAUACAUACAAAUACCUGUGUCAUGGUUGGACACACAGGGGCCUCAUCUGUGUGCAAACUCACAGACUUGCAGUAAACUCAAAGCAAGUCAGAGGAGGCAUGCUUCACUUAAAAAAUACUUUCAAAUAGCUGUGUUUCGAAAAGAAAUACUCAAAUAUGGAUGGCAUUGAAAACUUACACAAGGUUCUAUAUUUGUAUUGACUUCUGAACAUUAAUUUUAUCUAGAUAAGAAUGUCUAAACCAUUUUCUAAUUACUUAGUUCAAAUGUAAUUUUUUUCUAUAAACAUUCUGUAAAUCAAUUUUAUGUCCUAGGUUUAAAUAAAAUUCUGGCUGUUUGGAUAUAAAACUACUAAUGAUGAAUAAAAUAUAUUAUAAAAACUAUUAGUAAAAUAAGGUUACAUAAUAAAAGUGUGGACUAAGGUUUACAUGUAUUUUAAAAUACAAAUUAUACCUAAUCCACACUUUAUUACUUGUCCAGAACACUUGGAAAAGUGUGAAUACUCUUUAUUGGCAAAUGCAGUAUUUAUCUCCUUAGCACUGAAGAUGAGCAGACUCUGCACUGAAAUAAAGAAAAAGCAGAAUAUUGCUCAAAGUUUCAAAUAUUCAAAAACACCAGAUCUCUCAGAAGAGAUUCUAAAAUACCUAUUCAUUUAUAUAUAGAUAUAUUUUAGUCUUCAAUAUACAACUUUAACUUUCUUGUGUGCUUUUUGCUGAAUUGUUAUUCCAGUCAUUUGUGCUGCUAAAUGGCAUUGUGCCCAUCUGCAUUCAUUUGCAUUUAAUUUAUUGGGAAUUUUAAGAGUUUGUUUAGAAAUGGAUAACCUAAAUAAUCAAUUUAUGUAAAAUUCUUCUUUUUUUCUUUCCCAGUGAACUCAAAAUACUACCAUUCACAUGAUUGAGUAAACAUUUCAGAAGACACAGUCAAAUUAUUUAAAAAAUGCUAAGUAGUCAUAGGAAAAAUGAGUAAUUUGCAGGAGCCACAACAAGUCUCCAAGUAUCAUUCAAAUUCCAGCAUCUUUUGUUCAAAGGAAGACUUCCUCACACAAUGCCGCCAUGAUGUGGUCACAUAUGUGGAGCUUUCCUUUGCUCUAUAACUUGAUUCUUCGUCUAUUAUUACAUGCUAUUCCUACUCAAUGGCUUCAGUUAGAAGGUAGCAAGAGGGACUGCUUGCUGGAAUAACACAACCAAGCCUGAGUUCCCAGGACACCUAGUGUCAUUUCAUUCACAUGAAAAAAUAAAAUUAAAUUAAAUGAGACCUUCAGGAAACAUUGAUAUUUUUUAAAAAACAUAUAUCUAAGGUGUGUCUCUCACAUUUCACUGGACAAAUGAGUGAAACCAGGAGUCCCCUCUCUUCAGAGUGACAUUGGUAGCCACAUUUCUCACAUUUUUAGUGUCUCAUUUGUCACAGUGCGUUUUAACUGAAAAGCCUUUGGGUGGGGGCAUGGUUUUUUUUUUUUUUAAUAGAAAUUUAUAUUUUCUCAUAGUGUAUGAUCACAAUAUUACAAUUUUCACUUUGUAUGUGAGGUUAAAAAGGCAUAAGAUUUAAAAUUCCAAGACUCUGAAAAUCAAAAAUUUAGGUACAGAAGAAUGCACAGGUUUUGUAACUUUUGCUUAAUUACUCUGUGAUGUAAAUUAUUUGUGAAAAGUUUAAACAUAACAUUUGGGGAAAGAAAAAAAAAACUUGUCAGAAUCCACAGUUAAUUUUAAUUCUAGCAUUUUCAUUGGUAGCAAUCAAUGAUGAAUCAUUCUACUUUUAAAAAAUGUAGUCUUGUAGUAUAACAUAAUUAAAAUUGUUAAAUGUAUAUUUUGUUUGUAUUAUAAUAAAACAUGAGCUUCA